CGUUCCAUUUUAGUUGCUGUUUAUAAUCAUUGUAAAGAAGAACACUGAACUUUGAAAAAAAUGUUAGAAACUAUAGACAAAAAUCGGGCCCUGCAGGCAGCCGAGCGCUUGCAAGCCAAGCUGCGCGAACGUGGGGAUGUAGCCAAUGAAGACAAACUGAACCUUCUAAAGUCAGUCUUGCAGAGCCCGCUCUUCAGUCAGAUUCUGAACCUUCAGACUUCCGUGCAGCAGCUGAAAGAGCAGGUAAACACUGCAACUUUGGCAAGUUCAAAUGUCGAAUAUGCCCACAUCCCACAUCUCAACCCAGCUAUGAUUCCUACUCUGCAAAAUGAGUCAUUUUUAUCAUCACCCAAUAAUGGGACUCUGGAAGCACUUACAGGAUUGGGUGCUGCACACAUCAAUGGGAAACCUGCUUGUGAUGAAUUUGAUCAGCUGAUCAAAAACAUGGCCCAGGGUCGCCCUGUGGAGGUUUUUGAGCUCCUCAAACCUCCGUGUGGAGGCCUCGGGUUUAGUGUCGUGGGACUCAGGAGUGAAAACCGGGGCGAACUGGGAAUAUUUGUGCAGGAGAUCCAAGAGGGCAGUGUGGCUCACAGAGAUGGAAGAUUGAAGGAAACUGAUCAAAUCCUUGCUAUCAAUGGACAGGCACUUGAUCAGACAAUUACUCAUCAGCAGGCUAUCAGCAUCCUGCAGAAAGCCAAAGAUAAUGUCCAGUUAGUUAUUGCCAGAGGCUCAUUGCCUCAACUCAUCAGCCCCAUAGUUUCCCGUUCUCCAUCUGCAGCCAGCACAAUUUCAGCUCACUCGAAUCCGGAGCUUUGUUUUCAGGUCCACUGGCAGCAUGUGGAGACUAUUGAAUUGGUGAAUGAUGGGUCUGGUCUGGGAUUUGGCAUUGUAGGAGGGAAAGCCACUGGUGUGAUAGUAAAAACCAUUCUGCCUGGAGGAGUAGCCGACCAGCAUGGGCGAUUAUGCAGUGGAGACCACAUUCUAAAGAUUGGGGACACAGAUCUAGCAGGAAUGAGCAGUGAGCAAGUAGCGCAAGUCCUCAGGCAAUGUGGAAACAGAGUUAAAUUGAUGAUUGCAAGAGGUGCCGUAGAAGAACCAACAGCGUCCACCUCUUUGGGCAUCACCCUUUCUUCAUCCUCAUCAUCUACGCCAGAGAUGCGGGUUGAUGCUUCUACUCAGAAAAAUGAAGAUAGUGAGACAUUUGAUGUAGAACUCACUAAAAAUGUCCAAGGAUUGGGAAUUACCAUUGCUGGUUACAUUGGAGAUAAAAAAUUAGAACCUUCGGGAAUCUUUGUAAAGAGCAUUACAAAGAGCAGUGCUGUUGAACAUGAUGGAAGAAUCCAAGUUGGAGACCAGAUUAUAGCAGUGGAUGGCACAAACCUUCAGGGUUUUACCAAUCAACAAGCAGUGGAGGUGUUGCGACACACAGGACAGACUGUGCACCUGACGCUGAUGAGGAGAGGAACGAAGCAGGAAGCCGAGCUCACGUCACGGGAGGAUGUCACAAAGGACGCGAUUUUGUCUCCUGUUAAUGCCAGUUUAAGCAAAGAAAAUUAUGAAAAAGAAGAAGAUCCUCUAUCGUUGAGGAGAAAUGCCAACAUAUUACCAAUUGAAGAAGAAGGUAAACAUCUGGAGCCAGGGUAUCCGUUGCUGUCAGCUGAGAGAGAGGAAAUAGAAGAUGCACAACAACAGGAAGCUGCCCUGCUGGCAAAGUGGCAAAGGAUUAUGGGAAUUAAUUAUGAAAUAGUGGUGGCCCAUGUGAGCAAGUUCAGUGAGAACAGUGGGUUGGGGAUAAGUCUGGAAGCAACAGUGGGACAUCAUUUUAUCCGAUCUGUUCUACCAGAAGGUCCUGUUGGCCACAGUGGGAAGCUUUUCAGUGGAGAUGAGCUAUUGGAAGUGAAUGGCAUAACUUUGCUUGGGGAAAAUCACCAAGAUGUGGUGAAUAUUUUAAAAGAACUGCCUAUAGAAGUGACAAUGGUGUGCUGUCGUCGAACUGUGCCACCCACCACCCAGUCCGAAUUGGAUAGCCUGGACUUAUGUGAUAUUGAACUAAUAGAAAAGCCUCAUGUAGAUCUAGGUGAGUUCAUCGGGUCCUCAGAGACAGAGGAUCCUGUGUUGGCGAUGACUGAUGCGGGUCAGAAUGCGGAGGAGGUACAAGGACCUUUGGCCAUGUGGGAGACUGAUGUUCAGUACAUCGAGCUGGAGAAAGGGAGCAAAGGACUUGGUUUUAGCAUUUUAGAUUAUCAGGAUCCAGUUGAUCCAGCGAGCACUGUGAUCGUAAUUCGUUCUUUGGUGCCUGGUGGCAUUGCUGAAAAGGAUGGACGGCUUCUUCCUGGAGAUCGACUCAUGUUCGUCAAUGAUGUUACCCUGGAAAACAGCAGUCUCGAAGAGGCUGUGCAGGCUCUAAAGGGCGCACCAUCAGGAACAGUGAGAAUAGGAGUUGCCAAGCCUUUACCCCUUUCACCAGAAGAAGGUUAUGCUUCUGCUAAGGAGGAUUCCUUUCUCUACCCGCCACACUCCUGCACGGAGGAAGGGCUGGCUGACAAAGCCCUCUUCAGGGCUGACUUGGCUCUGGUGGAUACCAAUGAUGCUGACUUAGCAGACGAGUCUACCUUUGAGUCUCAGUACUCCCCUGAUAAUGACAGUAUCUACUCCACUCAAGCCUCUAUUUUAUCUCUACAUGGCAGUGCUUGUAGUGAUGGCCUGAACUAUGGAUCCUCCCUUCCGUCUUCUCCUCCCAAGGGUGUUACUGAAAACUCUUCAGAUCCAGUACUUGAUCUCCAUAUGUCCUUGGAGGAACUUUAUGCCCAGAAUCUUCUGCAAAGACAGGAUGAGAGUCCACCUUCAGUGGACUUGAGCAUGGGACCUGCUUCUGGCUUUACCAUAAAUGAUUAUACACCUGCAAAUGCUGUUGAACAACAAUAUGAAUGUGAAAACACCGGAGCAUGGACUGACUCUCACCUACCAAAUGAAGUUAUAUCAAGCGCAGAACUCACUUCCGUGCUACCUGACGCAACUGGGAAGGGCUCCGAGUUCUUAAUUCACCAGAGCUCCCUGAGUUCUACUGCCGAGUGUGUCAUGCUCCAAAAUAUAUCUGAAGAAUCUUUUGAGAGGACUGUUACUAUAGCAAAAGGCAAUUCUAGCCUGGGGAUGACAGUAAGUGCUAAUAAAGAUGGCUUGGGGAUGAUUGUUCGAAGCGUCAUUCACGGAGGUGCCAUUAGUCGAGAUGGCCGGAUUGCCGUUGGGGACUGCAUCUUAUCUAUUAAUGAAGAGUCUACUAUCAGCUUAACCAAUGCCCAGGCGCGAGCCAUGUUAAGAAGACAUUCUCUCAUUGGGCCUGACAUAAAAAUUACCUAUGUGCCUGCAGAGCAUUUGGAAGAGUUCAGAAUGAGCUUAGCACAGCAGUCUGGAGGAAUAAUGGCACUGGAUAUUUUUUCUUCAUACACCGGCAGAGACAUUCCAGAACUGCCAGAGCGAGAAGAAGGAGAGGGAGAAGAAAGUGAACUUGAGAAUGCAGCAUAUAGCAACUGGAAUCAGACCAGGCGGGUUGAACUUUGGAGAGAACCAAGCAAAUCCUUGGGCAUCAGCAUUGUUGGUGGACGAGGAAUGGGGAGUCGUCUAAGCAACGGUGAAGUGAUGAGGGGCAUUUUCAUCAAACAUGUUCUGGAAGAUAGUCCAGCUGGCAAAGAUGGAACCUUGAAACCUGGAGAUAGAAUCGUAGAGGUGGAUGGAAUGGACCUCAGAGAUGCAAGCCAUGAACAAGCUGUGGAAGCCAUUCGGAAAGCAGGCAACCCUGUAGUCUUUAUGGUACAGAGCAUUAUAAACAGACCAAGGAAAGCCCCUUUGCCUUCCUUGCUGCACAACCUUUACCCUAAGUCCACCUUCAGCAGCACUAACCCAUUUGCUGGUUCUCUGCCGUUCAACGCUGACAAGGAAUUACAGAAUUCAAGUAGAGUUAUCUUCCGUUGUUCCCCAACUAACCCUUUUGCUCCCACACCAUUUAAGGCACCCAGUCAGUCAGAAUCAGAGCCAGAAAAGGCGCCAUCAGUCCGUGUGCCUCCGCCCCCCCCUCCUUCAGCAUUUGCAGAAAUGAGUGGUGAUCAGGCAAGGUCGUCUGCAAGCACAGUCUCAGAAGAUGGGGACAAAGAGGAUGAGUUUGGUUACAGCUGGAAAAAUAUCAGAGAGCGUUAUGGAACCCUAACAGGUGAUCUACACAUGAUUGAACUGGAAAAGGGUCGUAGUGGUUUGGGUCUAAGUCUUGCUGGGAACAAAGACCGAUCCAGGAUGAGUGUCUUUAUAGUGGGGAUUGAUCCAAAUGGAGCAGCUGGGAAAGAUGGUCGAUUGCAGAUUGCAGACGAGCUUCUAGAGAUCAAUGGUCAAAUUUUAUAUGGAAGAAGUCAUCAGAAUGCUUCAUCAAUCAUUAAAUGUGCUCCUUCUAAAGUAAAAAUAAUUUUUAUCAGAAAUAAAGAUGCAGUGAGUCAGAUGGCCAUAUGUCCUGGAAAUACAAUAGAACCUUUGUCUUCUGCCUCAGAGAAUCUACAAAACAAGGAGACUGAACUAAGUGUUACUACUUCUGACUCAGCUGUGGACCUCAGUUCAUUUAAAAAUGUGCAAUAUCUGGAGCUUCCCAAGGAUCAGGGGGGUUUGGGCAUUGCUAUCAGUGAGGAAGAUACACACAGCGGAGUCAUCAUCAAGAGUCUCACAGAGCACGGGGUGGCAGCCAAGGAUGGACGGCUCAAAGUUGGAGAUCAGAUCUUGGCUAUAGAUGAUGAAGUUGUUGUUGGCUAUCCUGUUGAAAAGUUUAUUAGCCUUUUGAAAACAGCAAAGACGACAGUGAAACUUACCAUUUGUGCUGAGAAUCCAGAUUCCCAGGCAAUUGCUUCAGCAGCUGGUACAGCCAAUGGAGAAAAGAAGAACAGCUCCCAGUCUCCAAUGGUCCCACCGUCUGGCUCCCCAGAACCAGAGUCCAUCCGAAGUACAAGCAGGUCAUCAACGCCAGCAGUCUUUGCUUCUGAUCCUGCAACCUGCCCCAUUAUCCCAGGCUGUGAAACAACAAUUGAGAUAUCUAAAGGGCGAACAGGAUUGGGCCUGAGCAUCGUUGGGGGUUCUGACACACUGCUGGGUGCCAUUAUCAUCCAUGAAGUUUAUGAAGAAGGAGCAGCAUGUAAAGAUGGAAGACUCUGGGCUGGAGAUCAGAUUUUAGAGGUGAAUGGCAUUGACUUGAGAAAGGCCACCCAUGAUGAAGCAAUAAAUGUCCUGAGACAGACACCACAGAGAGUGCGCCUGACGCUCUACAGAGAUGAAGCCCCAUACAAAGAGGAGGAUGUGUAUGACACGCUCACCGUUGAGUUGCAGAAGAAACCGGGGAAAGGCCUGGGAUUAAGUAUUGUUGGUAAAAGAAAUGAUACUGGAGUAUUUGUGUCAGACAUCGUCAAAGGGGGAAUUGCAGACGCUGACGGAAGACUGAUGCAGGGAGACCAGAUAUUAACGGUGAAUGGAGAGGACGUCCGCAGUGCCACCCAGGAGGCUGUUGCUGCUUUGCUAAAGUGUUCCCUAGGCACAGUGACCUUGGAAGUCGGAAGAAUGAAAGCUGGUCCCUUCCAUUCAGAGAGGAGGCCUUCUCAAAGCAGCCAGAUGAGUGAAGGCAGCCUGUCAUCAUUCUCUUUUCCACUUUCUGGAUCCAGUACAUCUGAGUCACUGGAAAGUAGCUCAAAGAAGAAUGCAUUGGCAUCUGAAAUACAGGGAUUAAGAACAGUGGAAAUAAAAAAGGGGCCCACUGACUCAUUGGGAGUCAGCAUCGCUGGAGGCGUGGGCAGCCCACUUGGUGACGUCCCUGUAUUUAUUGCAAUGAUGCACCCGAAUGGAGUUGCAGCUCAGACCCACAAACUCAGGGUUGGGGAUAGAAUUGUCACUAUCUGUGGCACGUCCACUGAGGGGAUGACUCACACCCAAGCAGUUAACUUACUGAAAAGUGCCUCUGGCUCCGUUGAAAUGCAGGUGGUUGCUGGAGGAGAUGUGAGUGUGGUCACAGGCCAUCAGCAGGAACCCACCAAUUCUAGUCUUUCUUUCACUGGGCUGACAUCAAGCAGCAUAUUUCAGGAUGAUUUAGGACCUCCUCAGUGUAAGUCUAUUAUGCUAGACCGAGGACCAGAUGGCUUGGGUUUCAGUAUAGUAGGAGGAUACGGCAGCCCUCAUGGAGACUUACCAAUUUAUGUUAAAACAGUGUUUGCAAAGGGAGCAGCCUCCGAGGAUGGGCGUCUCAAAAGGGGUGAUCAGAUCAUUGCUGUCAAUGGGCAGAGUCUAGAAGGGGUGACCCAUGAAGAAGCCGUCGCCAUCCUUAAGCGGACAAAAGGCACUGUCACUUUGCUGGUUCUCUCCUGAGUUUGCUGCCAGAGCUGAGGCAGCUCAACCCCUCACCACACCCACACUGUAAAGAGAGUGGGACUGGCUUUGUGGACGACUUUUCCCAUGCUGUGUUUAUCGGACUUGUUAGAACUGUAGAGGAAGAAUACCACUUGUUUAUUUUUCUCAUAUGAAAAUGAUUUUCUUACAACGUAGCAUCAUUUUUCCUUUCUCCUUGCAUUUUGUGAAUAUAAACUCAAAAAGAAGGAUUAUUUGCAUAGUUAAUUCCAGUCUUUCUUUAUGAAGAUAUCUGACAUUUUGUAGUCACAUGGACAAAAGUUGUUUUGUGCUAAACUGGUUAGUAGAGAAAGAAAAAUAAUUCUAAAGCUAAGCAAAGAGAAAUGGUUUCAUGAGAUUAGGGUGAAAAAUGAAAAUAUAAAAUAAAGAAAAUCUCAAGUUUUAUAAAAAUGCUUCAUUUUGUCAAUCCAACUCCUCUCCCCACUUCGAACUAAAAAAGAAAACAUGUUUUUCUAUUGAAAGUCUUUAAAAAUGCUCUCAGUAUUUAAAAGUUUUGAAUAUUGUAAAAAAUUGCAUCUCCCCACCUCCAGUAUACACAUAUAUGUUUUCCCCCUAAAAUGGGUUUCUAAGAUUGAGUAAAUGGCACAUAUAUGAAGCAAUGGCCCUAAGUUUGUAAAGAAAACAUUUAAUGUGCAUCUUGCCAUCAUUUUCGUUUUUGACCUGUUUUCAUGUUUCUGUAAGUAAAAUGAUGAUGCUACCCUGUAUUGACUGUGGUUUCCCCAAAGAGCAGCCAUGCUAACCAUGGAGGAACAUAGAAGCUCCCAGAAUCUUUAGUACUCGUUUUAACUGAUGCAACACUAAAAAUGUGUUAGUGCAUUGUGCAAUUGGUUGUCAAUUAGUAUUAAUCUUAAUGACAGAGAAAAAAGCAAUGUGUUAGUAAUUAUUUUAGUUGUAUGCCAUUAGUAAAUUGAUAGAAAAAUUAAGGGGAUUAACAUAACUUCAUUUCAUUGCCUUAUAUUAACAUCUUAUAAUACAAUAGUUUAAGACUAAAGGAAACAGAUGGAGCUGUUUAUUGAGACAACUGGUGAGGAAUUAUCAUGUGUUCAUUCCCAUUUUAGAGCGUGAAACUCCUACAUUAGAAUAUAUAAAGUCACUUUAAAUAUUAUCUAUAUUUGUAACAGAAGUAGUGUACAGAUAUUUUAUUACAGCACUUUUGUGUAAAUGCAGAAUUGAAGUAAAUAAAUCAGAAGUUUCAUGGUGUACAAAUAAA